AUUGACCUGGCUUUAACAUCGAGUCUCCACUUCCCUGACAAUGUCUUUUUUCAUGUAGUGAUGCAGACAUUUUUCUUCACGGUCUAGAAAACAGAAGAGUGUUCUCAUCUCCAGGCUGCAGCCACUGGUUGAGCAAUGUGUCUUUAAAUGUAAGCUGUUGAAUUGUUUGCAUGCAUUCUGUUUGCAUGCUUGAGCUAUAAAUACACUUCACUCUGGUUAUUUGCUGCUUUCAUCUCAUUAGAAACUCUGUUAACCGCACACUGUGUCUGGGCUUUAGUUUGAAUUCGUCGGGGGCAAAUAUCUCAAUAAGAAUAUUUUAGAUACACGAAUCUUUUUCUUCUUCUUCUUCUUCUUCUUCUUCAAGUUGCUGGGAGAUGUGUUGCCUUGGCUCUCCCUAUGAAAUGCAGGGUGACUCAGGCAGGAGACAUAGAUGUUCUCGUUUAAAAGGAGAGACUGACGCUCCUAUUCCCGCGACAUCAUCAUCCCACACUAGUGGAGCUCCACGGUGCGCGGUGUGAUGCUCAGUCCUGCACAGUAGCAGCUACAGGAGGCGUGCUUGUCCCUGCCACAGGAGCACAGGAGGAGGAACCGGAGCGGCGGCCAGCAGGCUUUCACCGGGCACUGGACACACCGUGAAAGAGAGCGGCUUUCUUUUUUUCUCUCUUUUAGGGGGGUGCUCUGCCCCCGCCUCCCACCCUCCUAAGCGAUGGCAUCUAUGGAUCGAUCAACGGGAGCGCGUUGAGGCUCUGAGUGAUGCAGUCUCUGUUCGGCGGAGGGGAGCUGGGGCUGCUGGGAGGAGGCGGCGACGCGGGGGGCCUGAAGGAGGAUGGCUGUGGCAGCAUGGCGUGGCGCUCCUCACCCCUGCCCCCCGACGACGUCUACUCUGCCUCCCACUUUGCCCUUAUCACGGCCUAUCAGGACAUCAAGACGAGGCUGUCCUGCCUGGAGCGAGAAAACACCAGUAUCAAGAGAAAGCUGAAGAUCUAUGAGAUCAAGUUCCCGAUGAUCAGCGAGUUUGGGGAGGACACCAACUCCUACUGCUCUUUCGAGAGCAAGGAGACAGCGCUGCUGCACUCAGAAAAUGGCAACCUGCAGCAGAGAGUCAACGUCCUGACCCACGAGCUCCAGAAGAGAAAGGAGAGAGAGGAGCAGCUGGAAGAUGUGAUCCAGGCCUACGAGAAGAUUCACAUGGAGAAGAGCAACCUCCAGAGGGAUCUCGACAAAAUGACCAGCCUGGUGGAGAAGCAUGUCGAGCGCAUCCUGAACCUGGAGUCAGCUCUGAGGCAGAGAGACAACUCCCUGCAGAAACUCAACAUGCAGCUGCACAGCAAAGACAUGCAGUACCUGCAGCUGCACGCCGGUCCAGACGCACACAUGCUGGACUGUCCUGCCCUGACCCUGCAGAGCUCCCGCAGCCUGGACGCCCUGUCCGACCUGAAGCUGCAGCGGCUGGAGGCCGAGCUGGAGGGGGCGCGGCACGAGGCCCAGGGGGCGUGUCAGCGGGAAGAGGAGCUGAAGGCUGAGGUCGAGAGAAUGAAGGAGGAGAUGAGACAGCUGCAGAACAGCCAGAGGGAGAGGGAAAUGACUUCUCCGUGCAAGCAGUGUGAUGUGGAGUGGAUAAAGAAGGUGGGAGAUGAGCAGGUGAAUCUGGCUCUGGCCUACACAGAGUUAACGGAGGAGCUGGGGCGCCUCCAAACACUGAGCUCCAAGCAGACGGAGAUCCUGAGGAAAGCCUCACAGGAGCAGGCCAGUCCAGUCCAGCUCCACUCUCCCAUCCACCACCAGCGCCACUCUCCAGUAUCUCAGCGCCACUCGCCCAUCUCACAGCGCCAUUCUCCGGUCCCGCCUCCGCCUCACCACUCCCCAAUCCAACAGAGACGAUCCCCAGUGCUGCAGCGCCUCUCACCAGACAUGCACCGCCGCUCGCCCCUGCUGGACGUCAACAACGGGCCGGCCUCUUACUCCUGCAGGCCGCCCAGCCAGCACCUGAGGGCCAGCUUCCAGGGCCGCCGAAGUUACUCCGAGGUCGCCGACCCCUCUGCUUACCAGUGCCCGCCCCGCUUCUCUCUGGACCCUGUCUCCACCCUGCCUAAGCCCCGGCCUUACGUUGAGGGCUACCCAAAACAACAGACCCAACAUGUGGGUUCGGCUCAUGGUGGACUGCAGCACAGGGGUUCCCCGUCUCCCCAUCAAGGUGGUGCAGGAGGAGAUGGGGGCCUCGGGGAGGGCUCCAUGCGCCACUCCAGAGAGAUGCCAUUCCCACUGUCUGAGGUGGCCCACCUUCAUUUUGAGCCCCCUCCUCCUUCUACACCGGCCCCACAGCCCCCACAUUCCUCAGAAGAUGAGGAGGAGUGGACCUGCCCUCAUCCCAUCAGCCCGCCGCGGACGCUGGGGGCGCUUUCCGCCGCAGUGCCCAGCGGUGUCAUGAGAGGCCCAGCGUCCUGCUCAGCCUUCCCCAUCCCUCAGAGGCCUAACACCCUCAGCUGCCACCCGCAGCCGGGGUACAUGUCUGCAGAGCACGCUCAGUCCUGGCCUUCAAUCAAUCUCUGGAUGGAGACCGAGGAGAGCGACAUGCGGAGCUGCCCUCUCUGCCAGCUGAUAUUCCCCGUUGGUUACCCUGACGAUGCCCUCAUCAAGCACAUCGACUCCCACCUGGAGAACAGCAAGAUCUGAUUGCCAUGGCAACCAGUCCUCACAUACACAACACACACACACACACACACACACACACACACACACACACACACACACACACGCACGCACGCACGCACAUCUGCGCUCUCCUCUUAUAGAUUACGUAAGAGACCGGCAGACAGGCCAUCCAUUUAGAACCAGUCAGCUGUGUGAGAAUCUACAGGUAGGGAUGCAAAAUGGCACAGGGGCCUGUUUUAUUUGGGGAAGUACUUAAACACACGGGUCCGUCUUGGAUUUGUGAGUCCACAUGCAGAAUCCUUCACUGAUCGCCCUUGAGGCAGCUCUGCCUGUAUAAUCACUGGCUCUGGUUGCUGCUGUUUUGUUAUGAGUCUUGUUGUGUGGUUUCAGACAGUUUCAGGUGUCGUGUUGUUUUUCAGCUUCACAGUAUCGUACACACGUAUACACACACGUACACACACACGUACACACACACGCACACACACUUAGUACACUUUAGGAAAGUAAAGCCAGUGACGAGCUACGAGAGGCAGGCUGGCCCAGUUCAGGAGUAAAUGAUCAGGGAGAUGUAAAGGCAUCUUUUUUUUUUUCCACAGACUAUUCUUAACUUUAAAUACUGUACACCUGCUUGGAAAUUUUCUAUCUCACACAUACACACACUACAGUCUAUUUUGCAAAGGAAUCUGUGCAGUAAGUGCCACGGACAGUAGAAGCUGGAUUAUUGAAGUCUUAUGAGUUUUGGGUUGGUGACACUGUGAAGGAAUGGUGACUGAUCAGGGUUUGAUUGCCAGUUCACUUUCACUUUUCUAAAACAAAAAGACGUUUGUUUCCACAGUAGCUGAGAGAGUAUAAAACAUUCCAGUCUCGCAUUUCAUCAACUGACAAAGCUGGAGAACGAGAAUGUGAAAGUGCUGUUUGGAUCAGCCUGGAGGCGGUUUUACCCUAACGGAGUUUUGAUGCUGCCCUGCAGGGCGGGGCACUGAUGCUGAAGCGUCGUCUCUCAUGAGUGAAGGGGAAAUUUUAGUCAGAAUAUACCUUUAUGCUUGCAGCCUGUUCAAAAAAAAAAAUCUAAGUAUCUUAGCACUUUAAGUUAGCAUAGCCUAUACAAUGUAUCUGUUUUCAGUCCCCAUAUAUAUUUUCCAUGUAUUAUUUACUAUUUAUAUUGUCUAUCUGUAAGGCAAAAAAAUAUGAAGAUAUAUUUUUGCAAAUGUCGAUGCGCCACAUGUCUCAUGCUGGUGACAUAUUUCUCCCAUGUGCUUGCACACUGCUGUACAUAGAGGACUUGAAGGUUCAGAAUCCCUCCGCAUGGGACGCUUUUCUGUAUAAAUGGAUCAACUGGGAUUCUACUCGGUCUUCCUCAAGAUCUGACCUUCAAAAAAACAGUUUGAUGUCACGACGACUGCCCAGACCACCCAACAAAAACACAGCCGGCUGCAUGAGAUCAAGACUUCUGACCUGCUGCGGGGGGGGGGGG